GCUCACCUAGAUCACGCACUAAUGGCGGGGCACCACCGCCCCACAUCGCGUCUCCCCGCACCCACCGCCACCCCCACCAUUUUGCAUCAUGGCCACGCCCACGCCCUCGCAGUCCAGCACCACCGCCGCCGAGCCGCCCGCCUGCCUCUCCUUCGUACCACACGACCCCACGCUCCUCCUCGUAGGAACCUACACACUGCACGAGUCGGCGACGACCCUCGCCUCCAAGAAAACGGGCACGCUCUGUUUAUACCGCGUCCCGUCGCUGGCGCACGUGGACACACUCACCACCUCUUACGGCGCAGUGCUAGACGUAAAGUUCUCUCCUGCCAGCGGGGAGCUCGCGGCGGUAGCGCUCAGCCGCGGCGUGGUGACGCUGGUGCGCGUGCUCGACGAGCGCAUCGUGGUCGUGCGACAUGUGCGCGUCGUCGAAGAGGCCGUGCUGCUGCUGAGCGUGGCGUGGGCGCCCGGCGGCGACGCCGUCGCCGUGACUACGACUGAUGGGCGGGUGCUGCUGGUUGGUGUGGGCGGCGAGGACGAGGGGCCGAGGUGGGAGGCAACGCCGCAUUCGCUCGAGGCGUGGACGGUUGAGUUCUCGCCGUGUGGGCGCCGCGUGUACUCUGGUGGCGAUGAUGCGGUCUUGGUGGUUACGGAUGUGGAGACGGCGGUGGAGCUGGGCAGGACCAGGAGGGGCGCGCAUGAGGCGGGGGUUACGGCGGUGAUGGCGAGGGGCGCGGAUGAGCUGUGGUCUGGGAGUUAUGAUGAGACGCUGAGGGUGUGGGACUUGAGGGGGAGGAUGAGGGCGGUGGAGGAGAAGGGGUUGGGCGGCGGGGUGUGGCGGUUGCAUGAGAUGGUGGGCGGGAGGGUGUUGGCUAGUUGUAUGCAUGCCGGCGCGAGGGUGGUGGAGAGGGGUGGGACGGGUGUGCAGAUCGUGGCACGUUGGGAGGAGAACGAGAGUAUGAACUAUGGGGGACAUGUUCAUCCUGAUGCUCCCGGGGUGGUGGCGAGCUGUAGCUUUUAUGAUAAGAAGGUGGCUAUUUGGAACGUUUAAAGAAGUGGUUUGUCCCAUCUAGUUGUACAGAGCAAAACUAUCCAUCCAUUCCCGCUGUGAAAACGUCCAAUGUCGUGCCCACCGUCUAAACAAUCGUCUCCAAUUCCUGCGCGUAGCCAAUCGUGUUCUCGAUGAUCUUGUUGCUGGACAUGGCCUCCUUCUCGCUCUCUUCCACGGGGAAGUAAAUGCGGCCAUCGCGGACCUCCCAUUCCCUCUGUUCCCUCGUGGUUAGCUAAGAU